AUCAGUCCACUGCUACCUGUCACUCACACUGUCUGUCUGUCUGUCUGGGGGAUUUAUGUAGCCUUUGAGGUUAGAGGGCUGGGGCAUUAAAAGCCCCCAAAUUAUUAUAUUAAAGACUUCCAGAGAAAUUAUUUUACAUGAAACCGAGUCAAAUCUGGUGUGGUUGAGAGAGAGCGAGCGAGACGACAUAAAUAACAAAUCCGGUACCUGUUAGAGCGUGGUUGAGAGUUGAUCAGAUUAUUUGUGGCGGGGCUGGGUUAUUAUUUCCGAGUGUGUGACACAAACUGCUCGCUUGGCGUGGACCAUUCUACACUCCUACAGCUGGAGAGAGAGACGGAGCGGAGGCGCAGCGUGUGAGUGUGCAUGUGUGUGUUUGGUCGGGGAGUAGACGCCUGGCAAUGGACACCUACAGACCACACGCCGUGUUGAUUGUACUGUUGUUAUCGUCGGAUAGUUGUAUGCCGUCGCAGUUUCCAACACAACUCAUGAUAAAGGAAUGGGUGGAUCAGAUACAGCUAGAGCUGGUGACACUGGCAGACACCGCCAGUGCCGGGAAGAGCCUCUCACAGAUCUUCCUGGACAACCAGAACCUGUACACAGUAGAGUCGAACGAUGCAGAGGAACUAGUGGCUAGGGCAGCCAGGAACAUAGAACAGCUUUUACUGAAGAGGGCUGCUGCUCUGGAAACUCUGGCCACGGCUGCUGAGAACUUUCAGAUGGAACACCAGUGGGAGGAUGAGUAUGCGGAUGGUGACAUUGUUUACUACAAUGCAAAGGACAAUUUGGAGGUGAAUCACACAGAGGGUAGGAAGAACCGGAUCAGGCCAGCCUUUAAGGAGGACCCGUUGUUUAAACGCUUCACCUCUGAUAACGACACUGCUGUACACAUCCCUACUGACAUCUACGAUGGCUCCACCAUCGUGCUGAAUGAGUUGAACUGGACGGAGGCGCUGGAGGAUGUGUUUAAGAAGAACAGAGAGGAUGACCCUACUCUGCUCUGGCAGGUGUUUGGUAGUGCUACUGGACUGGCCCGAUACUACCCAGCCUCUCCAUGGAUGGAUGCUCGGAAGACCCCCAGUAAGAUUGACCUAUACGAUGUACGCAGGAGGCCCUGGUACAUUCAGGGAGCUGCCUCUCCCAAGGACAUGCUGAUCCUAGUGGACGCGAGUGGCAGUGUGUCUGGUCUGACUCUGAAGCUGAUAAAGACCUCAGUCAGUGAGAUGCUGGAGACUCUGUCUGAUGAUGACUAUGUCAACGUAGUUUAUUUCAACACCAGGGUGAAUAACACAGCGUGUUUUGACCACCUGGUCCAGGCCAACGUGAGGAAUAAGAAGAUCCUGAGGGAUGCGAUUCAGAACAUCUCUGCUAAAGGCAUCACCAACUACACCAAGGGAUUUGAGUUUGCCUUCGAACAGCUCUAUGCAACUAACAUCACCAGAGCCAACUGUAACAAGAUCAUCAUGCUGUUCACUGACGGAGGAGAGGAGAGAGCAUCGGCCAUACUUCAGGAAUACAACUCUGACAAGAAGGUGCGUAUCUUCACCUUCUCAGUAGGUCAGCACAACUAUGAUAAAGGUCCAGUCCAGUGGAUGGCCUGCGCUAAUAAAGGAUACUUCUAUGAGAUUCCCUCAAUUGGAGCCAUACGCAUCAACACUCAAGAGUACCUGGAUGUACUGGGCAGACCCAUGGUUUUAGCUGACCAGCUGGCCAAGCAGGUCCAGUGGACUAAUGUCUACCUCGACGCUCUGGAGCUAGGUCUGGUCAUCACAGGAACCCUACCUGUCUUCAACAAGACCAAGUAUAAAGAUGAAUUGGGCAUAGAGAUUCAGAACCAGUUGAUCCUAGGGGUGAUGGGGAUUGACGUGUCACUAGAUGACAUCAAGAAGCUCACACCGCGCUACACUAUUGGACCUAAUGGAUAUUAUUUUGCCAUCGACCCCAACGGAUAUGUGCUGCUACACCCCAACCUCCAACCUAAGAACCCUAAAUUCCAGGAGCCUGUCACUCUGGACUUCCUCGAUGCGGAACUGGAGAACGACGUCAAAGUCCAGAUCAGGAGAAUUAUGAUAGAUGGGAACCCAGGUGAAGAGACCAUAGAGACUCUGGUUAAAACUCAGGAUGAGAGAUACAUCGACAUAGGAGUAAGGACGUACACCUGGGCUCAGGUCAAUGGAACAGACUAUAGCUUGGCCCUAGUCCUGCCAAUGUACAGUGAACACUACAUACAGGCCAAACUGGGAGACACCAUCAGACAGGCUAUGGAUGUCUCUCUAUUUUCUUCAGCCAUGGACACUCUGCAGGUGGAGAGGUUUGAUGAGUUGGGGCACACCUUCAUUGCCCCCAGGGAGUACUGCAAAGGCCUGAAGGACAAGGACAACAACACCCAGUUCCUCCUAGACUUCAACCAGUUCAUUGACAGGAACACAGUGGAAGAGCCUUGUAAUAUGGCUCUGGUCAGUAGGCUGCUGUUGGAUGCUGGGUUGACAGCUGAUCUGGUCAAACUGUGGAAGGAGCAGACAUUGCGCGGAGUCCUGGCCAGGUUUGUAGCCACUGACGGAGGGAUCACUAGAGUCUAUCCCAGAAGUGCUGGGGAGGAGUGGACAGAGAAUGCCGAGACCUAUGACUCAAGUUUCUACAAGAGGACUCUGGAUAACGACAUCUAUAUUUUCACUGCUCCAUAUUUCAACAAGAGCAGGGAGUCAGGCUAUGAGUCAGGUAUUCUGGUGAGCAAGGCUGUAGAUCUCAACAUAGACAGAGUCAACCUCAAACCAGCGGUGGUGGGAGUGAAACUGAACGUCUCUGCCUGGAUGAACAGCUUCAUGAACGCCACCAUUAAAGUCAACUGCAAGGAUGAAAUCUGUGGCUGUCUGAAGAAUGAUAAGCAUGUUGACUGUGUCAUCUUGGAUGAUGGAGGCUUUCUGCUGAUGUCCAAUCAGGAGGAGUAUAUCACACAGAUAGGUCAGUUCUUUGGGGAGGUGGACCCAGUCGUGAUGAUCAGUCUGGUCAACACGUCUCUGUACUCCUUCAACAAGACCUACGACUACCAGUCAGUCUGCAACCCUGAGAGAGACUGCAAGGCUGCUGCAGGGCCACGAUCUGUCUACGUGCCCACUAUAGCAGACAUGCUGAGUAUAAGCUGGUGGGCCUCCACAGGUGCCUGGUCGAUAAUGCAGCAGCUCUUCUACAGUCUCAUAUUCCCAAGGUUCCUAGAGGCAGUGGACUCAGAUGAUGACAUGUCUGCUAACAUGUUUAAGGAGAGUUGUAUCACAGAGCAGACUCAGUAUUUCUUUGACAACGAAGAGAGAUCCUACUCGGGAGUCCUCGACUGUGGAAACUGCUCCAGGAUGUAUCGAGCUGAGAAGCUGCCCAACACUAACCUGGUGUUUCUGAUCACUGAUGCCAAGACCACCUGUCUGUCCUGUGACCCCAGACCACUACGACAGGCAGAGCAACCAUCCCAAGGUCCAGAUCGCUGUGAGCUAGCUCAGAACCCCAGGUACAGGAAAGGACCUGACGUGUGUUUUGACAACAACUUAGACGAGGAUGAUUCUGACUGUGGGGGCGGGACCUCUCUAAGCCCCUCCCUCUGGCCCAUGUUGGGACUCCAACUACUGCUGCUGUGGCUCCUCACUGGCCCCCGACACUCAUGACCCCUACACACACACACAUCACAUCUCAACCAGACAGUGUUUUACAUUGGACUGUUUCUGACGCUCCAUCUCCUGAAUGCCAUCACUGAUCUGUUAACUCACUGCCAAUAUGGAAGAGGAGUCACUCUCCUGUUCUCCAAUCAUUCUCCAAAGCCAAAGGGGUGCUCUUUCCUCCCUCUCCUCUUUUCUCCACCAUGCUGACUGAGCUAUUCUAUUAUAUGGUGUAUUCUAUGGAGCUAACCAACCCUUUAAUUCUUCAUCAUAAAUGUAUUUACAGUAUCUCACAAAAGUGAGUA